AUGCUGACGGGCGCAAAGGCCAAUCACUUCAAGAUGGCCAAGUCCAAGAACUCGUCUCAGCACACGAUGAGCCGCAAGGCGCACCGUAACGGCAUCAAGAAGCCGAAGAGGUUGAGGCACCCCUCGAUGCGCGGCGUCGACCCCAAGUUUGUGCGCAACCAGCGCUUCGCACAGCACGGCACCGAGAAGGUCAACAAGGAGGCCCGCCUCGCCAAGGCCCAGGCCUAA